CCCUUCCAGUCCGGACACUUUCACCCCCUCCCAGUCUGGACAUUUUCACCCCCUUCCAGUCCGGACACUUUCACCCCCUCCCAGUCCGGACACUUUCACCCCCUUCCAGUCCGGACAUUUUCACCCCCUCCCAGUCUUGACACUUUCACCCCCUUCCAGUCCGGACACUUUCACCCCCUUCCAGUCCGGACACUUUCACCCCCUCCCAGUCCAGACACUUUCACUCCCUUCCAGUUCAGGCCGAUUUUCAGCUUUCAGCGCUGUCGCACUUUGAAUGACAAUUGCGCGGUCAUGCAACACUGCACCCAUAUGAAAUUUUUUGCAUUUUUU